AGGUUCCGACCGGAAAGCGGAAGCGGCGCGCAGCACGUGGGGGCGGUGCCGGUCGGAGGGUUCUGCGUCCACUCGGCUUGUGGUAGUGAGGCUGGCCGCGGCUACAGCAGAGCGCUAGGGGCGGGGCGCUGGGGGCCGGAGAGUUGCUGCAGAACCCGGAGACCGGCUAAGCUCCAUGGAGGGCUCAGGAGAACUGCCGGGCCCACAGCCACCGCAUCCCGGGGACCACCGCAUCCGCGACGGCGACUUCGUGGUGCUGAAACGGGAAGAUGUGUUCAAAGCAGUGCAAGUCCAGCGGAGAAAAAAAAUAACUUUUGAAAAACAGUGGUUCUAUCUGGAUAACGUCAUUGGCCAUAGUUAUGGAACCACAUUUGAAGUGACCAAUGGAGGAAGCCUUCAGCCUAAGAAGAAGAAGGAAGAGCCUGCUUCAGAGACCAAAGAAGCAGGCAUUGAUAAUCGAAAUAUAAUUGAUGAUGGGAAAUCUCAGAAACUUACUCAAGAUGACAUAAAAGCUUUAAAGGACAAAGGCAUUAAAGGAGAGGAAAUAGUUCAGCAGUUAAUUGAAAAUAGUACAACAUUCCGGGACAAGACAGAAUUUGCUCAAGAUAAAUAUAUAAAAAAGAAGAAAAAGAAGUAUGAGGCCAUCAUUACUGUUGUGAAGCCAUCCACCCGCAUUCUCUCAAUUAUGUAUUAUGCAAGAGAACCUGGAAAAAUUAACCACAUGAGAUAUGAUACACUAGCCCAGAUGUUGACUUUGGGAAAUGUCCGUGCUGGCAAUAAAAUGAUUGUAAUGGAAACCUGUGCAGGCUUGGUGCUGGGUGCAAUGAUGGAACGGAUGGGAGGUUUUGGUUCCAUUAUUCAGCUGUACCCUGGAGGUGGACCUGUUCGGGCAGCAACAGCAUGUUUUGGAUUCCCCAAAUCUUUCCUCAGUGGUCUUUAUGAUUUCCCACUCAACAAACUGGACAGUCUCCUAAAUGGAACAUUUUCUGCGGAGAUGUUAUCUUCAGAGCCUAAAGACGGUGCUUCUGCUGAAGAAAGUAAUGGCACCCUGGAGGAAAAACAGACUUCGGAACAGGAGAAUGAAGACAACGUGACAGAAGCGCAAGAGAGCCAUCACCCACCGGAACAGGAAACGAUGGAAAUCGUCUCGCAAGAUCCAGACUACAAGGAGUCUAAAGAGAAAGGAAGCAAAAAGGAUUAUAUUCAGGAAAAGCAGAGGAGACAAGAAGAGCAAAGGAAAAGACACUUAGAGGCUGCUGCUCUGCUGAGUGAAAGAAACUCAGAUGGUUUAAUUGUUGCUAGUCGUUUCCAUCCCACUCCACUCCUGCUGUCUUUGCUGGACUUCGUGGCCCCUUCCAGACCAUUUGUGGUCUACUGUCAGUAUAAAGAGCCCCUGUUGGAAUGCUACACAAAACUGCGGGAAAGAGGAGGGGUCAUCAACCUCAGGCUGUCGGAAACCUGGCUCAGGAAUUACCAGGUUUUGCCAGAUCGAAGUCAUCCCAAACUACUGAUGAGCGGAGGUGGGGGGUACCUUCUCUCAGGCUUCACUGUCGCCAUGGAUAACCUUAAAGCCGACCCCAGUCUCAAAUCCAACGCAAGCACUUUAGAAUCACACAAGACUGAAGAGCCAGCAGCUAAAAAACGGAAAUGCCCGGAGUCUGACUCUUAACCUUUCAGAAAUUGCUCUGAUUUUUUUCGUCAGGCGCUAUACAGUUAGUAAUUAAACUUUAAAUGCCAUCACUAAUUGUUUUCUCAUCUUCUAAAAGUAAGUCUAUACACUUGUUCCUGGGAAGGACGAGUAAGCCUUUUGUCCACCUCUGGAACAGAUAAAUUUGGUCUAUGAGAACAUCGAGCCUGAGGUAUACACAGUGGACUAAUGUGUAUGUGGCCAAUUCUGUUUAUUUCACAAAAAUCCUCUAAGUACUUGUAGUACUCUGUGAAAAUAUCUUGAGAAUUUAGAAAUCCUAAAAAUAUCUUUAUACAAGACUUUGUUUAUACGUUAAACUAAGUGGAAUGGCACAACAUAUCCAAAACUUGGGUACUGAAAGAAAGAAUCUGUGGAGGAGAUUUCUUGUGUUCAUUCCACUCUCUUCAACCGAAGCAAUAUGGAUGUGUGAGUGUAUGAGAUUGACAGCACCAAAAAUACCCUCCUUCCUCCCUCCAGUGGAAUAAACUUUUUUAAAACACUAG